AUGGCGUCGGCAGCACAGAAGAAGCUCGUCGUGUGCGGGGGGAAUGGUUUUCUGGGUGUCCGCAUCUGCAAAGCGGCAGCACACCGCGGAUGGGCCGUGACAUCCAUCUCACGCUCGGGAACCCCACACUGGCCGUCGAUUUCGUCGCACCAAACAGCCCCCGACUGGUCGUCGGACGUGUCGUGGCAGAAGGGCGACAUUCUCGACCCGGCCUCGUAUGUGCAGCACCUCGAGGGGGCCGACGCCGUGGUGCAUUCCAUGGGCAUCCUCCUCGAGGCAGACUACAAGGGCGUCGUGUCGGGCCGCGAGUCGCCCAUCAAGGGCCUGCAGCGCGCCUUUAGCACCACCAAGGCAGGCACCCAGGACCCUCUGCAGCGCCGAGAGGGGGAGAGGCUGGCCCCGCAGGAGAGCGACGGCCAGCUCACCUACGAAGUCAUGAACCGCGACACUGCCGUCUCCCUCGCCCACGAAGCCUCGCAGAAAAAGGUGCCCGCCUACCUCUACAUCUCGGCCGCCGCCGGCACCCCGAUCCUGCCCGCCCGCUACAUCAACACCAAGCGCGAGGCCGAGUCCAUCAUCAGCACCACCUUCCCCUCGAUGCGCUCCGUCUUCAUCCGCGCCCCCUUCCUCUACGACGCCUCGCGCUCCUUCACCAUGCCCAUCGCCGCCGUCAGUGGCAUCGCCGCCAUGGUGAACAGCGCCGUCGGUGGCCGUCUGACGUGGGCCAUGGGCGCUGGGGGUAUCAAGCCCUUGAAGGCCGAUCUCGUCGGUGCCGCAGUUGUCGAGGCCCUAGAAGACCAGGACGUCCGCGGGCCAGUCGAGGUGCCCGAGAUUGAACGCCUGGGCACACGCGCGUGGCGGAAGAACAUGCUGUAGCAGGAGUGCUUGACGUGGUGACCAGCAAGACAUACAUGAUAGAAUAACGACUUGAAGUAGCUCCUACAUGUACACAAUACACGCCCACCUCACUUUUUCCUGCUCGACUGCGCCACCAGCUUCUUCUUGACGUGCUUGGGAAUCUUGUCCUUG